AUGGGCCUGUGUCCAUCGAGACACCGACGCAGCGUCGACGUUGAUGUCGUGUUCAGCUUUAUCGAGCUUGGUGAUCUACCAGGCCUGAUGAAGUUUACGCCGUCAAACUUCAGCUGGAGCAACGGCACGCUUCCUCCACUUCACUUUGCAAUCCUGCAGGGCAUGUCGCGGGGAAGACAUGACAUACAUCUUCGCAUCGUUGAGUGGAUGCUGAAUGCUGGAGCGGAUCCACAUCAUCAAGCGCCGUACUUUCGCAUUCCUGGUGUCUUUCCCGACAGCAACAAGUCGGCGAUGGUCAAGCUGAGCGUCGGCCCUCCAAAUUCUCCAAGUGCCACGAUUGAAGUCGCCUAUGCCGGCCACUCUGCGAUCUCACUUUCUGUGGCAUGGCUUAAAGCUCUGCAUCGGAGUCCCACCGCUUCUCAUGGGCAGCGGGGGAACUCCGUGUCCACUCAUUCCGCUCAGACUCACAUCCAAUACUUCGAGAGCAUCUUGGCUGUAAUCGCACGGGCCAUGGAUGCCAGGCGCACGCAGGCCUCUGUGGAUCAAGGUGUGAUCAACCGCUGGGAGGUCAUGCGGGAUAUGACGGAGACCCACAACGUGACCUUUGAGACAGCUGGUGGCGCGGUAACUUGUCAUGACAUUGUCCUGAUGGCUGCCUCUCCCGUCCUCAAGGCAUUGCUGCGGUCGCCGAUGAAGGAGGCUGCAAGCAAGUCCAUUGCCGUGGAGGAAACCCCCAGAGCCGGCGUGGCGCUGUUCCUG